AUGAAGAAUGUAAACUGUUUCAUUAAAAAAAUUGAAAGAAUUGGAUAUUUCCAAGAACAAUAUGUCUGGUCAAAUUCACAAAUGGGAAAUAGAAGGGAUGUCAUUGGAGGCAUUAAACCUUUCUUACAACUUCUUGACUAGUAUAGAUUUAUUUGGUUUUGGAUAUCUUGCAAGUGUUGACCUCACAUCCAACUUACUACAAGGGUCACUUCCCAUUCUAUCAACAACUUGGGAUUUUAUGCAACAUCUCCUCAUUUCAGGGAAUAAUUUGACUGGCGAAAUCCCUUCCUCUUAUCGUAAUCUUACUUAUCUUAGUGCUCUAGUCUUAGAAAAUAAUAAGUUGGGAGGAAAAAUUCUAGAAUGUCUUGGAAACUUGAGUUAUCUCCACAUCUUGGAUCUACGGAUGAAUAAAUUCCAUGGUAGGAUUCCAAAUUUAUUUGUCAACAAUAGUGGCUUGUUAACUCUCACCCUAAAUGGCAACCAGUUGGAAGGGAUACUGCCAUGGUCUUUGGUUAAUUGCAGUAGGUUGGAAAUUCUAGAUGUGGGUAACAACAACUUGAAUGAUACCUUUCCACAUUGGUUAGGUGUUCUUCCAUCGCUAAACGUUCUCAUCCUUCGAUCUAAUCGAUUUCAUGGUGCCAUCAACAAUUCUAUGCCUACAUUUUACUUCCCUCAGUUGAGAAUCAUUGAUGUCGCACAGAAUGAUUUUAUGGGUCUCCUACCGAGUAACUAUUUCAAAAUUUUGAAAGGUAUGAGAGAUGUAGCUCCAACUGAUGAAGUCGAAUUGGGAUACAUUGUUAGCUAUGAGCUAUGUUCCAAAAAUGAUGUUUGCCUAGGUUUUGUUUUUAUUUAUAAGGAUUCUAUGAAGGUAGUAAUGAAAGGGUCAAAGAGGGAGCUUGUAAAGAUCUUGAAAAUUUUCACAACUAUAGAUUUCUUGAGCAAUCAAUUUCAUGGACCAAUUCCUUACGAGCUAGGAGAACUCAAUUCACUUUUAUUGCUAAACUUAUCUCACAAUAGUCUCAGUGGUCAAAUCCCAUCAUCAUUGGGGAAAGUAGCAGAACUUGAGUCCUUAGAUCUCUCAUCAAACAAGCUUGCAGGCAAGAUUCCUGAGCAAUUGACAAAUCUGACAUUCCUGUCAGUUUUGAAUCUUUCACAUAAUGAACUUGUGGGCCACAUACCUGAAAGGAAGCAGUUGUGUACUUUCUUAAAUGAUUCCUACAUUGGGAACUCUGGGUUGUGUGGAUUCCCAUUGACAAAGAAAUGCAAAGAACCAAGACCACCUACACCACAAAUUGAUGAAGAAGAUGACUCUAUAGCAGUCUUUGAGUGGAAGUUUGCAUUGGCAGGCUAUGGGUGUGGACUGGUGUUGGGACUUAGUCUGGGAUACAUUGCCUUCACUAUAGGAAAACCAUGGUGGGUAGUGAAGAAAGUGGAGAAAUAUCAACAGAAAUUAGUUGGAAGGUGCAACCGAAGUCAUAAGCAGAGAAAAACCCAAAAACCCAACCAAUGCUCUUGAGUAAGUUUCUACAACUCUCUAUAAUAUUUGUGUUCGAUAUAAGUUCUAACCAUAAAAAUCAAGGGAUGUUAUACAAUAGUGACUCUUAGUUUUUCUACUUUUGCUUUAUUUUAUAUAGGUGCAAGCAGGUGCAGUUAAUUUCCUACUCUGAGGAGAUCUAGCAACAGUUGCUUCUUGAGUUUGUUUCCAUCUUUUUCAUGUUCAUUGUUGAUAUAUAAUUCUAUGGACUUGUGUGGGAAUUAUGGUUUAUGUAUGAAUUUGUGUUGAUUUCUUUUGGAUAUCAUCUACCUACUCUGCACACAGUUGUUGAUAUAUUUUUCCUAGUGUAAUUUGUUUCUAUUGAUGUUAUCUCUUCAUAUUUUCUUCUCCCCUCUUUUGUUUUGGUUGUCUUUGAACGGUGUGUUUUACUGAAGUAAGAGGUAAAAUUCUUUAAUUUUUGGAACCCAAAGUCUCCUUUCACUAUAUUUCUCUGAUCAACAUGGAAGCAGAGGCACAUUCAAUGAAUCUUGGAUGAUAGCUGAGCAAUUUCAGGGAGGAUUAUUACUUAAAAGGGCUAGGUGAGGGACGAUCCUUACCUCCUUUACUCUUUGAAUGCCCACCCUCUAUCCAUUACCAACCCAAGUCUUAUUCUUUGACUGGUGAUCUGAUA